AAAAUUAAGAAAAAUGCCAAACUUGGUCUUGGGAGUGACUGAAGAUAUAUACCCUAAAAUAAUAUCAGUGUGUGUAAUCUUCCUAACUAUUUACAACGUGGCUUGUAAUGAGUAUCUGAAAGAUCAACCAUUGUGUAACACAGACUCUACUGAUUCUCAGCAAUGUGUUAACGAUGAUUCCUCCCAAUAUACAACUGAAAUAGUAAGGAAAGUAUUAAUCCUAUUACCAGCAGCAAUGAGUAUCCUUACAGCAAGCUUUAUCCUAUGCAGAUGAUAUAGGACAUCAAUGUUUAUUUGUGUCAUUGCUUGUCUAGCUAACUUGUUGGCUAUCGCACUUGCAGGAAAUCAUACCGAUAGAGAAAGCUUCUCAUCUUCUAGAAGCAGUAAUGGACAACCAGGCCUAAUAGAAUAUAGUUUAAAUACUUUGUAUUGGAUACCAUCAUACAUAUUUUCACAAGACACUAAGAUGUUUGACGAAUACUUGACUAUUCUUGCAGUGCAUUCGUCAAUGCUCUAUUCGUGCUUGCAAUCUAGUACUCAAAAUGUGAAGAAUUAUCACUAAUUUCAAGUAUAUCAAUAUCAG